AUGAGGGGUGCAACUCAGCUCACUGGACUGAUACGCUCCACAAGGGUGACAUCAACUUCCCUUCGAAAUGUACGAUAUGCCACUACUUCAAUGAGGAUGCCCGCCAUGUCACCUACCAUGACGGAAGGUGGGAUUGCAAGUUGGAAGAAGAAGGAAGGAGAGAGCUUCAGUGCCGGUGAUGUUUUGUUGGAAGUUGAAACCGAUAAAGCUACGAUAGAUGUUGAAUCUCAAGAUGAUGGAGUGAUGGGAAAGAUCAUUGCCCAGGAUGGUUCAUCCAAGAUACCAGUUGGACAAAUCAUAGCUAUCUUAGCUGAAGAAGGUGAUGAUCUGAGUGCUAUCACUAUACCAAGCGAUUUAUCUCCACCAGGUCAAGGUCAAGGUGAAUCUUCAGCAUCAGCUUCAAGUAGUGAAGCAUCAGCACCGAAAGAAGAACCAAAGAAGGAGGAACCUCAGGUAGAAAGUAAGAAGGAACAACCUUCUUCAUCUGGUACGGAGCAGCAUGAGAUUGGACAUGGUCAUAAGGAAAUCAAACAUUCUCAACCUAUUUUCCCAAGUGUAGCGAGAUUAUUACAAGAAUCCCCUCUGACAUCCGAACAAAUAUCCAAGCUCAAGGGAACAGGUCGACAUGGAAUGUUAACUAAGGGAGAUGUGUUACUAGCUCUGGGCAAAGUGAAGAACGCUUAUGGGUCGGCGGAGAAAUUGAAUUUGGAUGUGAUGGGUCCAAGUGGGAAGAGGGCAAGUGAGAACAAAGCUACUUCACCUAAGGAUGGAGCUGCCCCAGCUAAGAAGGAAGAACCCCUCGAUGGACCAGCUUUACGUAGAUUGAUUUUGGCUGGUUUAUCAAAAGCUACUGAACCUGCUAAACCAGUUAUCGAUCAUUCAUCCCUCCCUCUCUCAUCUGAUUACGAAUUUGACUCUAUCAUCUCUCCCUACGCUUCGCUCUUACCUCCCCCUAAACCGCAAGUCAACAUCCCCUCGGCGGACAAGUUGGCUGAAAUUGAGAGUGCUGGAUUGAGUGGUAAGGGAGCGAAGAAAGAUGAAUGGGCUGGGUUGUUUUGA